AUGGAGCUUUUUCCUGAAGACUUAACAGACGCUUUUGAAGUUAAGGAUCACCUCAAUUUUGGAGGUUAUGGAACUAUCUAUAGAGCCAUAAAGAGAAGCAAUGGACAAAUGUACGCAAUAAAAGCUGUAGCCGUAACUAGCACAGGGUCAACCUGGAAGGAUAUUGGAGCUGAGCUGCAAGUACUUUCAUGGACCAAUCCAUAUAAGCUUCGCUUAGACUCCUUUUUUGUUAAAGACGAAACUUUCUACAUGGUUAUAGAUUAUUGCCGAAAUGGCGACCUUCUUAAAGCUAUAGUUGAUAAGAUUAAUGCCCAUGAAAUAUUUGAAGAAGACGAAAUCUGAAAAUAUUUUAUCCAGAUCUGCUUUGGGCUCGAGUCUUUGCACAACAACGGAUUUAUUCAUCGAGAUCUUCAUCCACAAAAUAUCCUCUUAGACGAAAAUAAAGAUAUUAAAAUAGCUGAUUUUGGCACUUCUCGAUCUUUACUGACCAAAACAAUUCAGGGUGUUGCCAGUUGCCAGUCUCCUAGGACUCAUAGUGGACAUCCCCAGACUAAAGAAAGUGAUGUUUGGGCAGUCGGCUGCAUUUUGUAUUAUCUCUGCAACCUUGAGCAUCCUUUUGGCGAUAAUGUGAAUAAAAUAAAAAAUGCGCCUCAUAAGCCAAUAAGAAGCGAAUACUCUAAUGAACUGAGAGGUUUUGUUGAUUGAUGCCUAAAAAAGAGGCGCAAAGAGAGGCCAACAAUAGUUGAUAUCUUAGCUCAUGAGUUUAUAGUCAACAAAACUCUAAGCUUAGGCAUUACAAUUCCACAAACAUCUGCUAUGAAUGCAGCUAUUUGGCAAGUUCAAUUUAAUAAAGAAAGGGAAAGAAAUGAGCAGCUUGAAAAGGAGUUAUCUAAAUAUAGAAAAAAGAAUAAGGCAAAAGGAAAGGAAAUUGAGUCGCUUCGAGCAGAAAUAGCCCACUUAAUGAGCAUAAUAAAUGAGAAUAAAAAAAGCAAGAAAGACUACGAAGACAGUAAAGAAAACUUGCUUAAUUCUCAAAGAAAUAAGAUUCCUCAAGAUCUUAUCAAAAAUAACGAAGCAGAAAAAGCCCAAAAGAUUCAAGAGCUAAGAGAGAAGAGAUCUGAAAUUUUGAAUAGACCAAAUGACCCAGAAUUAGAGGAAGACUUUAGGAGCACCUGCUCAGAUUUCAGCGAUUUCUAUGCUGAUGACCCAACUCUUCAGCAAGCUUAUCAAGAUUAUACUAAUGCUUAUCGCCAAAAAACAUCUCUUUAUACAAUUAUAAACCAUAAAAAUAGAACUCAUUUGAUUAUUUAUGAUACAGAAAAUAAUAGUAAAGAAGUCAGGAGAGUGGAGACUCCUGAGCUACUAGAUUGUCGCACUUGUAUUGCUCAGCUUCCUAAUGGUAAUUUGUUUUGCUUUGGUAGAUACCCAGGCUCUGGAGUUUCAUUGAUAAUUGAUGAGAAUUAUAGAAUUCGGCAGCUGCCAUCUGGAACUCCUUGCUUUCAUUCAUCAGCUAUCUAUUUCAAUAGCAGUGUUUAUUGCUUUGGAGGAGGAGGAAGUAAUGGAUAUUUAACUCUAUCAGAGAGAUUAGAUUUAAAUGAAAACCGAUGAAUUAAAUUAAAGCCACUGCCAAAAGCUGAUUGCUGAUGCAAUAGUGUAAUAUUUAACGGGAAUAUUAUGAUUUCUGGAUAUUUCAAUAAAAAUCUUUUGAGGUAUAGCGCUUUCCCGAGGAUGGCGCGGAAUGGCGCCAUCCUCGGGAAAGCCAGGAAGGAAGGCAUCCACACGGGAACUGGGAGUUCCACGUGUGGAUGCCAUUUUGACAUGUGGAAGUUUGGAUCCCACAUGUCAAAAAUGGCAUCCACACGUGGAACUCCCAGUUCCCGUGUGGAUGCUUAGUUGACUUUCCCGAGGAUGGCGCCAUUCCGCGCCAUCCUCGGGAAAGCGCUAUAUUCAAUCGGUAGCAACACUUUCGCAACAAUUCCUUAUGAUUUUCAAGCUAGUACUUACAAGAUUCUUAUAAGUACAGAGAGACUGUAUACAAUUGAAUGUUGUGAAAAUGGAUCAAUCUAUGAAAGCGAAUUGUCAAAUGAUACUGUCUGGAGACGAAUUGGAGACUCAAUAAUAAAUGAUUAUUUUCAUCAAGUUUAUUUGUCAUAUAAUAAAGAAGGAAUAAACAUUGCACACUUUGUUAAUGAUGCUAGAUACUUCAAGUUUAAUUUGAGUGACAAAACAUUAUUUGAGCUGCAUUAA